CUGCCACCCAAAGAGCAGCUGGAGCUCCAGGCCUCGCCAGACCCAGACAGAGGACCAGGGAGAGAUUCAGAAAGGGGCGAGGAGACCUUCAGAGACCCAGGCGGAGACCUUUUCCUCUGGGCCAUCCUGCAGAAUAAGAAAGAGCUGGCUGAGAUUGCCUGGGAGCAGUCCCGGGACUGUAUGUCAGCAGCUCUGGCCGCUAGUAAGAUCCUGAAGAAGUUGGCUGAGGAAGGAGCGGAAGAGGAGGAUGAGGCGGAGGAGAUGAGAGAACUGGCCAAACACUAUGAGAGACACGCCAUCGGUGUGUUCAGUGAGUGCCACUGCUGUGAUGAGGAGCGUGCCCAGAGGCUGCUAAUCCGGGUCUCUUCAUCCUGGGGUCAAACCACUUGUCUGAGGCUGGCUCUGGAGGCUGAUGACAAGAGCUUUGUUGCUCACUCUGGGGUUCAGGCUCUCCUGACCCAGAUCUGGUGUGGGGAGCUGGCGGCGGACAAUCCUCUGUGGAGGGUGCUGCUAUGUAUGCUGUUCUUCCCUCUCAUUUACACUGGCUUCCUGGGAUUCAGGCGUGAUGAGUCCAUCCAGAGAGAGGCAGAGAGGAGUGCUGAGCUGCUCACCAUGGAGUCAUUAACAGGAAGCCAGGCCUGCACCAGGAGGAAGCCUCCUGUACAUGACCUCCUUGCCAGGAUCCCUCUGGGUCUGAAACCGUUGACAGUCUCCACCCGGCUGGUCAGCCUCUUCACCUCUCCUCAGGUGAAGUUCUACUGGAACAUCUUGUCCUACUUCAGCUUCCUGCUGCUGUUCUCUGUGGUGCUGAUGAUCGACUUCCAGGCCACGCCCUCCUGGAGGGAGGGGCUUCUCUAUGUCUGGCUCAUCUCAUUGGUCUGUGAGGAAAUCCGACAGCUGUUCCAUGACCCAGAUGGGUUUGGGUUCCGUAAGAAGGCUGAUAUGUACAUUAAUGACAUGUGGAACAUUCUAGACUUUCUGUCCAUCCUGCUCUUCCUCAUCGGCCUGGCCUUCAGACUGACCACCAGGUUGUUCUAUGCAGGGAAGGUCAUCCUGUGUAUCGACUUCAUCAUCUUCUGUCUUCGUCUCAUGGCCAUCUUCAUCAUCAGUAAAACUCUGGGCCCCAAGAUCAUCAUCGUCAGGAGAAUGAUGUUGGAUAUGUUCUUCUUCAUGUUCCUGCUGAGUAUCUGGGUCGUAGCAUACGGCGUUGCUAAGCAGGGCAUCCUCAUCCACAACGAGGACAGACUGGACUGGAUCGUCCGGGGGGUCGUCUACGAACCAUACCUUAUCAUCUUCGGGAAAAUGCCCUCUAACAUCGACAAUGCCCUGUUUGACAUAAAGGCCUGCAGUGUAAAUGGUACAGAGCCUCAAAAGCCUAAAUGCCCUAUUCUUAACGAGGACAAGAUGCCUGCGUUCCCUGAGUGGCUGACCAUAAUCCUACUGUGUGUCUACCUGCUGUUUGCCAACAUACUGCUGCUCAACCUGCUCAUAGCAAUCUUCAACUAUACUUUCCAGGAGGUUCAGGAUAACACAGACACCAUCUGGAAAUUCCAGCGGUAUGAACUGAUCAAGGAGUACCACAGCCGACCAGCUGCCCCCCCUCCACUCAUCCUUCUCUCCCACAUCUUCCUCUUCAUCAGACGCAGAGUGCUGCAGAGACCCCCCAAUAGUUACAGAGCCUUCAAGGAGGAGCUGCCUGAGGUGGAGGAGGAAGAGUUGUUGUCGUGGGAAUCCUUAAUGAAGGAUAACUACCUUCUCUCCCGCAGACAGCAGCAGAGCCAGAGCAUGGAGCAACGUACCACAGACACUGCUGACAAGGUUAGCAACAUGGCAGAGCUGCUACAGAGGGAGGAGGCCACCGGGUCGGUUGCUUUAGUGAAGAGAUUGACCAGACUGGAGGAGCAGGUCUCCCAGUCAGCCAGAGCUCUCCAGUGGAUCAUGGACACCCUGAAAGCUCAGGGUCUACACUCUAAAGAGGAGGCUCCACAGCUUGCCUCACCUGGUAAGCUGAAGAGGUCUGAAAGUGAACCCAAUGAACCCCAUAGACAGGAGAAGUCAGAGAGAGAGAAGACGUUUUACCAUGUCAACGCCCGGCGUCUGGACUACCCUGACAGUACCAUCUCUCGCUUCCCUGUUGUUGAGGAGAAGGUGCCCUGGGAGGUUGAUUUCAUCCUUUACAAUCCUCCUGUUCUGAAUGGAGACGGCCAGGAACAGAUAGAUGG